AUGGAUAAUGAAAUUAAACUGUUUAUGGAAAUGACAAAAUUAUCAGAUAAAGAUGAAGCAAAAAGAUUGGUUGAAAUGUGCAAUGGGAAUUUAGAGGAUAAUAUAGUUAAGUACUUAAAAAAUGGAGAGUUAGAAAGUUUGAGCCAAGGGAAUGAAUUGAAAAAGAGAAAAGGAAAUGAGGAUAAUUCAAAUAAAACAGAAAAUAUAGUAAACGAUAAAGUGUAUAAAAAGAGCGAAAACAAUAUAGUAAAAUCCCAUUUUUUUGAAAUAUUAAAUAACAUAAGAGGAGUAAUUUGCCCUUUAUUUCGAAAUAUAUAUAAUAUGAUAACAUCAUGUUUUAAUUUGAUAAGUAGUUAUAUAUUAAAUUCAUGUAAUAAAAACAGUUUUACAGUAUAUUAUGAAGAAAAAUAUGGAAAAAUACAUGUAAAUUUUUUUAAUGGAAAUCUUAAAGAUGCAAUAAAUAAAUCUAAAAAAGAAGAAAAAUUAUUACUUGUUUAUUUACAUAUUGAUAAUGAAGAAAGUGAAUAUUUUUGUAAACAUAUUUAUACAAAUAUUGAAAUUAUACCAUUCUUUGAAAAUAAUUGUAUAUUAUAUGCCCAAGAUAUUAGCAAGUAUCCAUUUAUUGAAUUGCAUGAUAAAAUAAAUAUAUAUAUGUUUCCACAAAUCAGUAUAUUAUUAACAUAUACAUCAAAUAUUAAAGAAUUAUCAGUAAUAUAUGGAAGGCCAAGUGCUACAGAUAUUAUACAAUCUAUUAUUGAAUGUAUUGAAAAGGCUGCUAUUGAAAAAAACAAAAUGGAAAGAAAUAGAUCAAUGGUAAGUAAUGUAAAUGAAACUGUUUAUAGGGAUAGACUAUUAAGAGAGGAACAAGACAGGGAAUAUCAAGAAGCUUUAAAAAAAGAUAAAGAAAUUUUAGAAAAAAAAAAAAAAAAAGAAAAUGAAAAAUUAUUAAAAAUCGAAAAAAAAAAAAAUUAUAUAAAAGAUAUAAAAAAUAAACGAAAUGAAAAAAGUAAAAAAUUUCCACUAAAUAUUGAGCCUAAUGAUAAAGUUACAAAAAUAUUAUUAAGAUUACCAAAUGGAUUAAAAGUUCAAAAUAAUUUUAGUAGCAAUCAUACCUUAAGAGAUAUAUAUGAUUGGGCAGAAUGCUGUGAUAUAUUAGAAGUUGAUAAAACAAAAAAACAAAAUAUGAAUAUUCCAUGUAAAUUUGAUUUAAUAUGUGGCCAUACAAAAUAUGUUUUAAAAAAUUCGACAAAUUUAAUUAAGGAAUUUGACUUAUAUCCAAAUGCAGUUCUUAAUAUGAAAUCUUUAGACUCAUCUGAUAAUGAAGAAUAA